GGAGGAGCUCCUGGCCGCUCCCCGCGCUCCGCUCCUCCAUGGCGCUGCCCGGGCCGCCAGAGCCGCCCCGCGGCGCGCCCCGCAAGGUGCCCAGCCUGCUGGAGAUGGGGGCGCUCUGCCUGGACUCGGAGGUCAUCCUGGGCUUCACCAGCCACCUCCUGCGGCGGCGAGCCAAGGUGGCCGAGGGCGGCCCGGCCCGCGAGCCGCUGCAGCUGUUGGAGGUGUCCCCCCGCAAGAGGCUGCCCAACGGGCCCGAGCAGGACCCAUGCGGCAGCCGCCCUGCGCCCGAGGGCGCCGGUGCGGGCGCAGAGCAGGGCCACUCGGCCGGCGGGGGCGGUUGGUGCCGCCACUGCCACACGAAGCUCGCCGAGCUCAAGCGACAGGCGUGGAAGCUGGUCAGCGGGCCCGGAACACCCCUCCGGGACCCUUGCCUCUCUGCUCUGCUCCUCGACAAGCUGCCAGCACCCGGGGCCCUGCCAACAUGCCGCCCGGAGGCCGAGCGCCGCUGCGACGUCUGUGACACGCACCUGAACCAGCUCACGCGGGAGGCCCUGCGGCUGCUCCAGGCACCUGCCAGCCGCGAGGACCCUGACGCCCCGCACGGAGGCCCUGGCCUCGUGCCCUCCGGCCCGGGCACCGUAACCAGCCCGCGGGCUGUGCCAGUGGCCGGUGGCCCGGCCGGGAGGCAGCCGGGCCGAGUGGGGCCGGACAGGAGGAAGGGACUGGCCUGGCCGUCCGGACCCAGCGUCCAGGUGUCGGUGGCACCUGCUGGCCUCGGGGGAGCACUGAGCACGGUCACCAUCCAGGCCCAGCAGUGCCUGGAGGGCAUGUGGAGCGUCUCGAGGGUCAACAGCUUCCUGCCACCGUCGUGCCUGGAAUCGGCAGCGGCCGUCCCGAUGGCCGGGGCCGUGUCUCGGCAGCUCGUGGGACGGCGGAGCCGAGGCACGUGCGGGACUCCGGAGACAGGUGCUCACGGAAGCCGGAGGACUGAGAAAGUAUGGUGCUGGGCAUGGCCCCGUAGGCGGGGUGCAGAAGCACUAGACAGCCCGAGGGAAGCUGAGGCUGAGGCGGCGGUGGCUGCGGUGGCAGUGGCAGACACGGUCCGGGACGGCUCCCCCACCUUGAGCUCUGAUGGCGCGUCGAAGACGUGGGGCCGCGGUGGGGCCCGCACGACGGCGCUGGUCACCCCGGCCCCGGGCGCCCCGGCUGGGGGCUCCACAGGCCCGUCGGCGGCAGCCUCCUUCUUCAUUAGGGCUGCCCAGAAGCUCAGCCUGGCCUCCAAGCGCAAGAAACCUCAUCCGCCACCAGCCCCUGCUGCCCGCGGCGCCUCCCCCUACCCCACGGACUUCAGCGGGGUCCUGCAGCUGUGGCCGCCCCCCACACCCCCCUGCCUGCUCAGGGCCGCCUCCAAGGUGAAGGACAACCUCGGCGGUGUCGGAAAGGUGAAGGUCAUGUUGCGAAUCUGGCCGGCACAGGGGGCGCAGCACUCGGCCGAGCCCACGUCCUUCCUGAAGGUGGACCCGCGUAAGAGGCAGGUGACCCUGUACGACCCGGCCGCUGGGCCCCCAGGAAGCUCGGGCCCCCGACGAGCCGCCGCUGUGGCUCCUAAGAUGUUUGCCUUCGAUGCGGUCUUCCCCCAGGACUCGGAGCAGGCUGAGGUCUGUUCCGGGACAGUGGCUGACGUGCUCCAGGCAGUGGUCGGGGGGGCUGAUGGCUGCAUUUUCUCCUUUGGCCACAUGAGCCUUGGCAAGUCCUACACGAUGAUCGGGAAGGACAGCUCGCCUCAGAGCCUGGGUGUCGUGCCCUGCGCCAUUUCCUGGCUCUUCAGGCUCAUCGACGAGCGCAAGGAGAGGACGGGCACCCGCUUCUCCGUCCGCGUGUCGGCCGCGGAGGUGUGCGGCCCCGACGAGAGCCUGCGGGACCUGCUGGCCGAGGUGGCCUCCGGCAGCCUCCAGGACGCCCAGUCCCCGGGCGUGUACCUGCGCGAGGACCCGGGGUGUGGGGCACAGCUCCAGAACCAGAGCGAGCUCCGGGCGCCCACGGCCGAGAAGGCAGCCUUCUACCUGGACGCCGCGCUGGCGGCCCGCAGCACCAGCCGGCCCGGCUGCAGCGAGGGCGCCCGGUGCGGCUCGCACACACUCUUCACGUUGCACGUCUACCAGUACCGCAUGGAGAAGUACGGCCGCGGUGGAAUGUCUGGAGGCCGCAGCCGCCUGCAUCUCAUCGACCUGGGCAGCUGUGAGGGGGCGCCCGGCAGGGGUGGCGAGGCCUCCGGGGGCCCCCCGUGCCUGUCUCUGUCGGCUCUGGGCAGCGUCAUCUUGGCCCUGGUCAGCGGAGCCAAGCACGUGCCCUACAGGGAGCACAGGCUCACCAUGCUGCUGCGUGAGUCCCUGGCCGCCCCCAGCUGCCGAGCCACCAUGAUCGCCCACGUCUCGGACGCGCCAGCACGCCAUGCCGAAACGCUCAGCACCGUGCAGCUGGCUGCCCGCAUUCACCGCCUGCGCAGGAAGAAGGUCAAGUACGCGUCCAGCUCCUCGGGCGGGGACAGCUCCUGUGAGGAAGGCCGGGCCCGCCGCCCACCGCACCUGCGGCCCUUCCGCCGCCCCAUGGCCCCUGACCCUGGCCGCCUGGCCCCCAGCUCACCCGGAGACCCCGAGUGCUCGUCCAGCAGUGAGCAGUCCUGCGACACCGUCAUCUACGUGGGGCCUGGGGGGACGGCACUGUCCGACCGCGAGCUCACGGACAACGAGGGCCCGCCCGACUUCGUGCCCAUCAUCCCCGCGCUGAGCCGCCGCAGGCCCUCCCAGGGCCCUCGAGACGCCGACCACUUCCGUUGUAGCACCUUCGCCGAGUUGCAGGAGCGGCUGGAGGGCAUUGACGGCAGCGAGGGCCCCUCCGAAACCCUGAGCGUCACCAGUGGGGCCCAGCCCGGCCCGGCCCGCGGGGCCAGGAGGCCCUCCCCGCCCGAGGCCGCCGCCCCCAGGAAGGCUGUGGGCUCCCCGCUGGCGGCCAGCACACCUCGAGGCAGCCCCGGCCGGGACACGCACUGGGUUGCCCCAGAGCCCUCCAGGGCCAGCGCCGACCAGAGGGAGGGAGGCAGCGUUAGGCCUGCGCCGCCCGGGCCGGACAAGGUCGCCGCGGGCGGAGGCGGGAGGCCACUGCCCGGCCCGGCCCCUCCGCCUCCUCGGCAGCCAGAAGCCGGCCCGGCCCCCGAGGACCCCGGGGGCGCUGACGCGGAUGGUGCGGCACGGACACCGCCCGUGGGCAUGAGCGGGCAGACCGGCCGCCCCCGCCCGUCUGCACGAGGCCGCCGUCUGGAGCGGGGCCUGCUGACCACCACGGUGACCCUGCAGCAGCCCGUGGAGCUGAAUGGCGAGGACGAGCUGGUGUUCACGGUGGUGGAGGAGCUGUCUCUGGGCGGGCUCACCGGCUCCGGCCGCCCCGCCAGCCUGGCCAGCUUCGGCAGCAACUGCUCUCUGCAGGCUCUGGCCUCCGGCUCGAGGCCCGUGAGCAUCAUUAGCAGUAUCAACGACGAGUUCGAUGCCUACACCACCCAGGCGCCCGGCGGGCCCUCAGAGGGCGCAGCCUGGGCCGGGAGCAGCCAGGGCUCCUCUAUCAGCUCUCGGCUCAGCGAGGUCAGCGUGCGCGUGGACGAUCGCCACAGCCCCGCGCCGCAGCCUCCCUUCGGGGCCGGCCCUGACUCGCCGGCAAGGCCCGACCCUCCGGGCCCCCCUGUCCUGGGCGGCUCCCCGGAUGAUGGCCGCUGUCGGUUCCCGGAGCACGGGCGAUCGGACAGUCCUGGCCCAGCCCGGAGUCCUCGUCCUGGGGAAGCGGCCACCGCAGCCCCCGCCCGAGUUGGCCGGGAGUGCCCGGCCGUGUCCCCAUGGGGGGCAGCCCCGGCGCAGACCAUCCACUCCAGCCUUCCCCGGAAACCGAGGACUCCCUCAGCGGCCAGCCGCGCAGGCUGCCCUCGCCUGGCCCCGAGCCCGCCGGGCCCCGGAGGCCUGUUCGAGGACCCUUGGCUGCUUCGGGCAGAUGAAUGUGGUGCCCUCCAGGGGGUCUCUGCCGGCAGGGCCUCCAGCCCGGCCCCCGCGCUGCCUUGUGCCCGCAGGGUCGUGGACGGCUGUGAGGUGGCAGCCAGGGCAGGCCACAGGCUGGAGGCCGUGGCUCAGAUCCCACCGCUGCGGAGGGGAGCCACCACACUGGGUGUGAGCACGCCCACCGCAUCCUGCAGGGAUGCCCUGGCCGAUGCGGCUGCCUGCUUGGGCGGCCCGAAGGAUGCCCCCAGCCGCAAGAAAAGUGUGGUCCCCAAGGGAGGCCUCUUCCCGAGACCCAGCGGGGCGGCCCCCCCAGCCCCUCCAGUGCGCAAAUCCAGCCUGGAGCACAAGAGUGGCCCAGCUCUGGCCGCUCCCCAGGCCGGGGGCCUCUCGCGAUCUGCGGCUGCCGCCCUCCCCCGAGGGGAGGAGGAGGCCAGGCCCGGUGGCCGGGCUGACCACUCCGUCCCCAGGGCCACGUCGAGCCUGAAGGCCAGGGCUGGCAAGGCGGAGGCAGUGUCCCGUCCCACCACCCACGGCUCUCUGGAGCGGUGUGAGCUCCUGGGGCACAGCAGCGGCAAGGCCAGGGAAGCUCCCGGCAGGCCAGCCCGGGCCGUGCCCAGGCUGGGUGUACCGUCCACCAGCCCCACGCCUGGGCCCGCUCCUGCCUGCAGGGGCAGCCCAGCCAAGGGAGUGGGGGCCCCGAAGCCCCCGGCCGCAGGGGGCAAGGGCCGCAGCCUAGCAGCUGGUGGGUCGAGGGCUCUGGGUGUUCCCGUGAAGCCACUAACCCCAGCAGUGGGCAGGACCCCCGGUGGCCCCGUGAUGGCGCCCCGGGUGGCCCCACGGGCAGUGCCUGGCAUGGGGGCCAAGGCCAGCCGCGGCACCAUCAUGGGCACCAAGCAGGCGCUCCGAGCCGCCCAUAGCCGCGUCAAUGAGCUGGCAGCCAGCGGAGCCCCUGGCAGAGGUGGCCCCCCCUGGGGCUCAGUGGACUCGGACAGCGGCAGUGACAGCGGUGUGAACGUGGGGGAGGAGCGGCCGCCCGCGGGCCCGGCGCUGCCCUCCCCCUAUAGCAAGGUGACUGCCCCACGGAGGCCCCAGCGCUGCAGCAGCGGCCACGGCAGCGACAACAGCAGCGUGCUGAGUGGCGAGCUCCCGCCCGCCAUGGGCCGCACCGCCCUGUUCUACCACAGCGGUGGCAGCAGCGGCUAUGAGAGCGUGCUCCGCGACAGCGAGGCCACCGGCAGUGCCUCCUCUGCCCCCGACUCCAUGAGCGACAGUGGGGCCGCCUCCCCUGGCGCUCGCUCUCGAAGCCUCAGGUCUCCCAAGAAGAGGGCCACAGGUCUGCAGAGGAGACGGCUGAUCCCAGCCCCAAUGCCCGACACGGCUGCCCUGGGCCGCAAGCCCAGCCUCCCCGGGCAGUGGGUGGACCUGCCCCCGCCCCUGGCCGGCUCCCUGAAGGAGCCCUUCGAGAUCAAGGUGUAUGAGAUCGACGAUGUGGAGCGGCUGCAGCGGCACCGCCCGCUCCCGAGGGAGGAUCCGCCAGAGCCUUCCCAGGAUGUGGAGAAGGGUCCGGCGUGCAACAGUGCCACGCUGCGGCUGGCUGAGCGCAGGCAGCAGAGGCUACGAGAGGUGCAGGCCAAGCGUGAGCACCUAUGCGGGGAGCUGGCCGAGACCCAGGGCCGGCUGAUGGUGGAGCCCGGCCGCUGGCUGGAGCAGUGGACCCAAAAGCCGGGAGGGGAGAAGCAUUUCCUCGGCCCCGUGGGAACCCCUGGCCUGACCAGCUGCUUGCUGUCCCUCCCCAGUCGAGGUGGACCCGGAGCUGGAGCCCGAGUCAGCAGAGUACCUGGCGGCCCUGGAGCACGCCACGGCCGCCUUGGAGCAGUGCGUGAACUUGUGUAAGGCCCACGUCAUGAUGGUCACCUGCUUUGACAUCAGCGUCUCCACCCCCGCCGCCACGCCCGGGCCGCAGGAGGUGGACGUCUGAGGCUGGGCACUGGGGUGCGCAGAGGGGGCGUGGGAGGGAGCAAGGAUGUGGUAGGGGUCGGAGGGAGGAGGAUGCAGAGGGUCGGCUGAAGGACCGGGGGGGUCUCAGAGGCGAGGGAGCGUGAGGGAGGGGCUGGCCGAGUGCAGUGAGCGGACAGGGAACGAGCGUGCGGAGACAGAGACUGUCGCCAUCCAGACAACGACACAAGUGCCUUUAACCUUGAACUGGACUUCUCUCCUUUUUGCGUUUGGUGCUAAGGACUCGAGACACCAGCAGACAGUGUGCUCAGGCUGUGGCCUGGCGGCCGCGGUGGCCAUCCGAGUGCCCAGCAGGAGCCUCUCUCCAGCCAAGCAGAUUCAUGUAGCAGGACAGCUCUGGGCUCAGCAGGCCCAAGGGUCGGGAUGACUUCUCCUUUACAGCUGUCUCCUCUCGGCAGAGCCGGCCCUAGUGGCCACCAGGCCCUGGGUCUGCGUGUAGUUCUCUCUGCAGAUGGAACUGGGGGUCCUCCGGGCAGGGACGGCCCACCUUCCCUUCCCCGAGGACCUGCUCUGUCCCGAGGACACAGGGAGGGCAGCACCCACGGGCUGAGCUGAAGGCACACGGCGCCUUCUUCUACGGCAGGAAUUCUUACCAAAACCACAAGCAAAAACAAAACAAACGAAAACUCACACAGAAAAUGUGGGGGAUAAGGGUUUUGUAAAGGUUCUGUUAGGCUCAUAUUUUUAUAUCAUUUUGCCUAUAAAUGCAGUAUUUGCAGUGGGAAUUUGGAGACAAAUGAUCUAUGUUUUUAUGGUUUUCUAUGGAAGGUAUUCCUCAGGCCAGGCUCUUUCUGGGGGGCACCCUGGGCAGGGCAGGGGUCCUUCCUUGGGAGGCACUUCUUGCCAAAUGCAGACCAGGGGUGAAUUUGCUGAGGCAUGUGUUCCUGGCACAAUGGGCUCUGUUUUCUGACCGUUGUGCAUUUUCUAAGGGCGUCCAAACCUUUGUACAAAUGUGUAGAUAACAUCUUGCUGCAGCUUUUGUGAAUAAAAGACACAUCGGUUGUUAAAA